AUGGCUUUUCGCGGCAACGAAGUUCCUAUGGACUUUGAGUUUCAAAACAGCCAAGGUCCAAUUGACCCAAAUUCUCCCUUCACCAGGUUUGCCAUGGCCAACGACAAGAAACGUAAGACUGAUCCGAAGUCCAUCUUCUCAAACCCAUCUCUAACAUCCGAGCAAGGGCCCUUUGCUGCGUUCAAUUCUCCUGGCAAGAACAACUAUCCGAAGUUUGGUCAGCCGAAUGGCCAAGCAUACCUGUUCAACGGCAAAGUCAACCCUGUUCCUCCUCCCUCUCCUUACCGAAACCCAUCCUUUACCACGCCCAGAAAAGAUUUCGACAUAGACUUCUCUUCGGGCCCUGAAUCAUCGCCUCGACUGCAGAUGGAGCAGGAAGAUACCCCAGACGGCAAAGCACUGCCACCUAUCCCCAUCAAACUCGAACCGAAACAGAAGCGCAACUCCCUUGCCAACUUCUUCGGGAAAUGGGCUCCUCCUAGCUCGGGCAAGGGCGAGAUUAAGAAACCAUUCAGCCACGCAAUCGAGAAGCGAGUCCACAAACGUCGCCGUCAAGCACAAACAUUCGAGAAACAACUCGCCCUGGCAAGGAAAGAAUCCGAAGAGAGCACCGACGAAGAAGACGACGAGCAGACUCCCGUCAAAAAGACAACCUCAAGAAAAAAGCAGAAGAAAGACUUACCGCCCCUUCCUCCACAAGAAGUCGGCCUAAUGACCAGCCUUUUUACCUUUAUUCACACCUACCCCGAUGCUCCUAGCAUAAUAGCCAAAUACCUCCAAGUCUUCUUCAACGCCGUCAUCUUCGGCGGCGUGCUCUUCAUGUUCUAUUCCUUCUACGCCACUAUUCGCGCCGAUGUCGAUAAGGCCGGCGACGACGCAUAUCAAGAGAUGCUGGCGGAAAUCACAGCUUGUCACAGACACUACAUCGAUAACAGAUGCAACGCCGCAAACCGACUACCAGCUCUCGAAGGGCCAUGCUCCAACUGGGAACUGUGUAUGAACAGGGACGCAAACGCAGUCAGAAGAGCGAGACUAAGCGCCCACACUUUCGCCGAGAUCUUCAACAGCUUUGUCGAGCCCAUCAGCUUAAAGACCAUGGUCUUCACCGUCGUCAUCGUCGGACUGGCACUCCUCAUCAACAACGCGACAUUCUCACUCUAUCGACGCUCCCAAGAACAACACCUACACGAGGCCUACAGAGCUGCAUCGGGACAAUACGGUGGCAUGCCUCCUCCUGGUCAACACGGUAUGGGUCAGUUCCCCAUGACGCCAGGUCUGCCGUAUCAGACGCCGCAGCAACUUGGUUGGCAGGGUCAAGGUCAGGGACAGAUAGAUUACCAGCAGAGUCCUAGUAAAGCUAGGAAUAGGGAUGGAAGUCCCGAGAAGAAGAGGUUUAUGUUGGAGCAUUGA